CUCCCCCAUCCCCUUUCCAGAUGUUCCUUUUCAUCAGGCUGUGGCUUCUCGCCUGGAAAAGAGCACUCCACUUGGAGGCAGGAGACGGGUUUCAGACCUUGGCCCUACCAUUCCUGUUAAAGUCCACAAGCCUCAGUUUUUGCCCUGCCUCACCUUUUCUGAAGAUCACUAUGACACAGAAAAAUAGAAAAGAAAUGGACAUUUGUUGAAUUCCUGCAUGGCCAAGUAUUAUGCAAACUGCUUUAUCUGCCACACUUAGUUCUCAUUACAUGGCUUAGAACUCCCAUUUCACAGAUUCUUAAACUCCCAAAGUUUGACUGAUUUUUCUCACAUAGCCAAUGAAGGGCAGAGGAGGAGUCACAUUGAGCAAUGUAACUCCAAAGUGGGUUUCUUUUUGUCAGACACUUCCUUUGGGCUAUUGGCUGGAACUAUUCUGCAGCCAAACCCUAGGCCCAGAACAGCUGUUUCCUGAAAUUCUAUUUUUAAGAAUUCUCCUUUUCGAGUUCGUUUUUCCAGCACAGCAUGCUCUCCUCCACUUCCGCCUUGAUCGCUUCAGAAAUGAAAUGCAGCAAACAUUUACUGAGUGGUGCAGGGGAUGAACACUUGGAGUCGAGAGCCUUGGAUUCCUGUCCUGUCUCUGCCACUACCUGUGUGGCCGUGGGCAAGUCCCUUGUCCCCUUGGUGCUUUAGCUUCCCUUUGAGUAAAAUGGGUAAGUGCCUUCUGACUGGUAGGCUCUUGUCCAGUUCUCCCUUCCUGUCCUCCAGCAGGCUUUCCUUGGAGGCCCAGACACCUCUGCUCCCCAUGGGCAGCUGCCAGGCAGGGCACAACCUGCAUCUCUGUCUGGCCCACCACCCACCUCUGGUCUGUGCCACUUUGAUCCUGUUGCUUCUUGGCCUUUCUGGCCUGGGCCUUGGUGGCUUCCUCCUCACUCACAGGACUGGUCUGCGCAGCCCUGACAUCCCUCAGGACUGGGUCUCCUUCUUGAGAUCUUUUGGCCAGCUGACCCUGUGCCCUGUAACUCCGACAGUCACAGGGAAGUGGCAUGGGUCCCACGUCGUGGGCUUGCGGACCACCUUGAACUUUGGAGAUGGUCCAGACAGGAACAAGACCCAGACAUUCCAAGCCAAGGUUCCAGGUAGUCAGAUGGGACUGAAAGGAUCUUUUGCAGAAGAGCUGGUCCUCAUUACAGCCAGGGUGACCACAGAAAGGACCCCAGGAAUCUGCCUGUAUUUUAGUGCUGAUUCAGAACUCCUGCCCUCCAGCCAGCCACCCAUAUCCUGCUCUGAGGAGGGAGUAGGAAAUGCUACCCUGAGCCCUAGGGUGGCUGAGGAUUGUGUCAGGGUCUGGAGCCAGGAGGGCCUUGUGCUUACCAAGCUGCUCACCUCGGAGGAGCUGGCUCUGUGUGGCUCCAGGCUGCUGGUUUUGGGCUCCUUCCUGCUUCUCUUCUGUGGCCUUCUCUGGUUUUUUACUGCUGUAUGUUUCCACCCACGCCGGGAGUCCUACUGGUUUAGAACCCGGCUAUAAGGGCACUGGCCUAGUUCCUGUCUUGUUCUCAGGUGUGGAUCAACUUCUUGGGCCAUGGUUCUAAGUUGGAAGAGAUGUUACAGAAAAUGGAGAGCUAGAAUGUGGGGGAAAAUAAAAGGAUUUUUUGCCCAAUG